AUGGUGAUGAAGAUAAGGAACGGCUUCAGCGCCUCCAGCAGGAUCCGCGCCCCCAGAUGGGCACACAAGAAGGCCGAUUGGAGGGCCUGGUCGGACGAGUGUGAGGCUGCACUGGCCGAGGCGCCCCCUCCGGAGCCUACGGCCCAGCAGCUCUGCACCCGAUUCACCGCGGUCCUGCAGCGGGCCAGCAACCGCUUCAUACCACGUGGCUCGUACGCCAACCCGAAGCCCUGGGCCUCCGACCCUGAGCUGGAGGCGGCGGUCCGGGAGCGCCGCGAGGCGCAGGCCAACGUGGACCCCGCCGACCCCGCGACCGUUGAACGGUGGCGAGAGGCUAGACGCCGCGCCGCUGAGAUCGACGCCAAGGUCUCGCGGGAACGGUUCAGAGAGGUCGCCUCUUCGGAACUAAACCGCCGCGCCAGUCUCGGUAAGGUGACACGGCUAUUGAAGAAGUGGGAGAACGCGACGGACGAUGAACACAGGGACGGACAGGCGAUGAAGCACAACGGCCGACUCCUGGCCAAGGACGAAGAGAAAGCUGAAGCCUUCUGUGCGACCUACGCCUGGGUCUCCAGGAGUGUCCGCUCCCCGAAGAUCGACCGUCAAGCGAAGGCUGAGCACCGCAGGCUCACCCCACCCGUGUGUCGGGAACGCGACGGCCGCCGUCGCGGCUGUUGCAGCCCGUUCACCGAGGAGGAGCUUACCCGCCAACUUCAGCGACUGAAGAUGAAGAAGACCCCCGGCCCUGACGGCAUCAGUAACGAGAUGCUCAGGCAUCUGGGCCCGGUCAGCACGGCGGCACUCCUCCUGGUCAUCAACUCCAGCUGGCGCAGCGGCGAGGUCCCGUCGGAGUGGAGACGGGCUACCAUCUGUCCAAUUCCGAAGGCCGGUAAGGACAAGUCGAAGGUGUCGUCCUACCGCCCCGUCGCCCUUACCAGUCACCUGGCUAAGCUGGCGGAGCGCCUCAUCCUAGCGCGCCUGAACUACGUGGCAACGGAGCGCGAGCUGAUCCCGCCAGAGCAAGUAGGGUUCCGCGAGGGACGCUCCGUAGAAGACCACCUCGGCCGCCUGGUGCAACAAGUGCAAGAUGGCUGGCAGGUGCCGCGCUCUCGGAAGAAAAACCCACAAGAAGGCGAGUCGGCCCAGCGCUAUGUCCUCUCGGCAUAUGACUUUGCCCGAGCGUACGACACUGUGGACCACCAUCUCCUGCGAGUCGUACUGCUCCGUCAGGGUAUCCCGCUCUGCCUGAUCAGCUGGGUCUGGUCCUACCUGCGUGACCGUCGGGCCCAUGUUAACGUGAACGGCUGCAAGAGCCGCGACCGCGUCUUUCGCGCGGGCCUGCCACAGGGAAGUGUUCUGGCGCCGUCCUUGUUUUUGUUGUGGGCGGCGCCGCUAGUGGCGGCCCUCAAGGAGAUACCCGGCACGACCGUGUUUAUAUACGCGGAUGACACGGCCACCCUAUGCGCGGGUAACGACAUUGAAACGGCAAGGCGGCGGGCGCAGAUGGCAGCGGACGCCCUCGUUCAGUGGGCCGGAAGGGCCAAGAUGCAAGUGGCGGGCGAGAAAACGCAAGUCCUGGUCCUCUCGCAGUCCCCCAGAGACGCGGCCGACUGCUCCAUUCGUGUGGCAGGGGAAGCUGUGUCCGCCGGGGACAGCCUGAAGCUGUUGGGAGUGACCCUGGAGCGCACACUCCGCUUCGGCGCCCACUGCAAGGAGCUCCGAAGAAAGACGCGCCCACGCAUCGCCCAACUCCGAAAACUCACCGGCCGAAACUGGGGACUGGAGGAGGAGCAGCUCCGGGCGGUGGCGAGCGGCUACGUGCGAGGUCCGCUCGAACACGCCGCCGCCGCCUGGCUACCUGCCACGCCUCCCUCCCACGUGGAAGUACUCGAGAGAGAGGUACGAGCCAUCUCUAGAGUGGUCACCGGCUGCCCCGUCUCAACGAGAAAACACGCAGUCACGGCGGAGGCCGGCCAGGUGCCGGUCGAGGUGCGCCGCCACGCUCUCGCGGCGCGCUUCCUGGCCAAGGCGAGGUCACUCCCCGUCUCCGAUCCGCUCCGAGCCGUCGCCGACGCGGUCGUUGCCCGGCGUCUCUCGUCGGUCACCGGCUGGCGCGACGUCGGCCAGGCCGUGUGGGCGGCCGCCGGAGUCACGGCUCCGAUCGAGCCGGCGCUGACGCGCCGCCCCCCACCCUGGGCCGAGACAGGUGAUAUCACCUUCUGUCUGGAUAUCGGCCCCGGCCUUCCGGUGGGUGCGGGCGCGGAGCUGAAGAAGUCAACGGCGGAGACAUUCCUGGCGGGUCUGCCCCAGUGCGCCACCUGGGUCUGGACUGACGGCUCCGUCGUGGGUGGCACCAGCAGCGGAGGCGCUGGAGCCCUGAUCGUGUAUCCCGACGACGAGACGGUGGAGCUACGGGAAGCAGCUGGCAGCCUAUGUUCCAGCUUCCGGGCUGAGCUGGUGGCGCUCAGAGAAGCUCUAAGGCACCUACACGAACAUCCAGCACACACCGGCGACCCUAUCGUGCUCUGCACCGAUUCUCAGGCGGCACUCGCGAAGCUCCGCGGGGGUCCAUCAGAGCAGGAGUCGCCGAUGGGAGCCGAGAUCUGGAAGCUGCUGACAGAUCUUGCCUCCGGGGGGAGAUCGCUCCGCCUGCAGUGGGUCCCGUCGCACUGUGGCAUUCCCGGCAAUGAGCGCGCUGACGCCCUGGCCGGAGAAGCGUCGGCACUCCCCCAGGAGGAGGCACCAGUCGAUGUGCGGACCGUCCACCGUGCGGCGGCGAGGGCGGCCAGCUCGCGGGCCCUAGCUCAGUGGCCUGUGGGCUGGUACCGCUCGCUGAUGGCCGGCCACCUCCCGCCGCCGGUGCGAGACUACCCGAGAGAGGUCGCCAUCGACAUCCACCAGGUGCGAGCGGGUCACUGGUCCGGUUCGGCGGCAUACCUGCACCGUAUCGGCCGUAGCCCGUCGCCCCAGUGCGAGCAGUGCAUGGAUCCGCGCUGCCGGGCGAGCUGGUGCCUGGCCUGCGGCGAGGCGCCGGAUACGUCUGAGCACCUGCUGCUCCACUGCCCUGCUUUGAUGGUGCGGCGUUUCCGGCUCCUGGGAACGCUGCACCCCGCUAUCGAGGAGACCAGACGGGACGACGUGGUGGCGGCCCUGGUGGGGGCCGCCAGAUCCCUCCAGAGCCCAAGAGCUACGGUCCGCCCGGCGGGCCGGGGGGACUGA